AUGACGUCAUACAAAUGCUGUUCAUCAUCAUCAUCAUCAUAUUCAAAAGUGUUCUGUCCCGGCGGUUGGGUUAGCAGACGUGGUUUCUGCUACAAACUCUACCACGAACCAGUACCAUGGCAACAAGCAGCAUCACGAUGCGGGUAUGAUGGAGGGUUCCUGACAUCCAUAGUUGAUCGAGAAGAGAAUGACUUCCUUCUAGAAUCUUUUGGAAAUGAGACAUCUUUAGCAUGGAUAGGAAUGAACUCCAGCAGGCGUUGGCUUGAUGGUUCCAGUUCUCUUCAUUACAACAAUUUCAGAUACCCGACGAUAAAUGAGUUACGAUGUUACACUCUUGAACUGGAUAAAAACGGAGCAUGGUCUGAUUCAAAUUGUGAACAAGAACAGAACAACUUUAUAUGCAAGAAAACUCAAGACGGAUCUGGAGGGAGAUACUGGACUGCCCUUCAUGGCCGAAAGGGCGACUCCUCGGGUAUCAGCGAUGUAAACAAAAUCCUCAUAUGGUUCAUCGUGGCAGCCAUACUCCUUUUGAUAGUUUUCUUCCAAGGCAGGCGGGAAAGCUGCCUAUACCCGAUCAUGAAGGACUGCAUGAAAAGCCCUAAAAACUCCUGCGUAGGCUGCAUACGCGUAGUGUUGAAACCAUGCUCAAUAUGUAUUGAAACUAUCCGCAAAUGGUACCAGAGGCGGACGACGCGAACAUCCUCUCCCUGCUCUAGCCAACCUACUGCUCCUGAACCAACCAAUCGAGCUCCCCUAGCCCAGACCAUAUUUCGAAGAGGUUCGACGUCAUCAGAAACGGACGAUUAUCCGCGCAGAGAGUUCGGGACAACGCAGUCGCCGUCGACCUAUAGUGAUGAUGUGAUUUCGGAGGCUCCUCCCCCAUCCUACAUUCAUGCAGUGGACGAUCAUCCGCGUAGAGAGUUCGAGACAACGCAGUCGCCGUCGAUCCAUAGCGAUGACCAUGACGUGAAAAAGGAGGCUGCACCCCCAUCCUACAUUCAUGCAUUGGCGCCUACGUUUGACGUUUCAUACAAUGACCCUAGAGGUUCAGAAACAUCGAUUAAUGCUAGAGAAUCAAUAGCGGCACCCUCAUACGAGUUUGCAGUUGCAGGAUUUCAAACUACCAUUUGA